AUGGGCCCCGCGCAACUGAUCUCGGCCACCAACCCUGCCGCAGUCACUGGCUCUGAGGCGUACGGAACGGAGGUCCACGCCGCCACCUUUGCCCCCGAGUGCAACGCCUACGAGGCUCUUUCUCAAGGAGGCACCUACUUCAAUGGCACGGCGGGCGCCAACUACAUCUCGCUCGAGAUGAAGAAGUCGUCGUGCGGAAGCCAGCACGUACCAUACACGCUGGCCAUGUUCGACACCAUCAUCAACCAGCCAAUCUUCGCCAACGGCUCAGCCUGCGACCAGCAGAUUCGCCUCUUCAACACUACCGUGACAAAGGGCGCCUUCGAACCGGUCCCUGUCCGCGGAACCGUCAAGUCUAAUCUGGGACCGUUUAAGACGGACACGUCAUUCCCCGACGUGGCCGGUUUCCAAGCCGCUACGCCCUUCAUCGAAAACAACUACCUUCCGUGCGAAAUGUUCAGAGGAUACAACCCCGUUAAGACCACCUGA